GUGAACUGGACCUUCUCUCUCUCUGUCCUGUGAAAGACCCCGCUGUCCCCUGUGACUCUGUCUAUGUGUGUGUGUCUCCCGGAUCUCCAUCGUCUUCUCUGCAUCAACUAAUCCUGGAAAUGAUAAGAACUGAGUUCAGUGUUGCUGUGUUUCCUGCCUCAGACUAUCUGCGUUCAGUAUACUUACCCGUUCCUUCUGCCAAGUGAUGCGCGCUGGACACAGGUGGAGCUGCUCCGGUUCAAAGUGCUGCGCCGGUCUUUUCAGAGCGAGUGACCGCCUCCAGCGAGCCCUGACUCCGCCUUCCGCAGGGCUGCGUGUCGCUGAGCGGAGAGAGGCAGCGGCAGUGCGAGCUGCGCCGCGCGUCAGUGAGGCAGACACACACACCGUUCCCGCAUAUGCGGCCACCGGCACCUCACUGAAACACCCCGAACAUGGACCUAUUCGAGUUUGACUUCUUCAGGGACUGGGAGCUGGAGCAGCAGUGUCAUUACGAGCAGGACCGCUGGCGCUGGAAGAAGAAGGAGGGAGCGAAGGACACAGAAGUGCAGCAGAUGCGACUUGUUCUCUACCGAUUUAAUCUGUUUGGUGAGCUGCAUAAGACUAACAAAGGAGAUGCCCUGGCCAACCGGGUUCAAAACACACUUGGAAAUUAUGAUGAAAUGAAGGAGCUCCUGACUAGCCAUUCCAACCAGAGUCACCUUGUGGGCAUUCCUAAGAACUCUGUUCCCCAGACUCCAGUGGAGAAACCUGACCAGCCAGGCUUUUUCCCUGAGGCACAGCGGAGCCGAGCUCCUCCCUCCCAACCUGGAAGCCACAACACCUCCAUGCCCCCACCCCCCGCCAACACCAUGCCGGGCUCAAGUGUUGUACAUGGACAUCAAGGCAAAAAGUCUCGCUCUUCAGACUGGUCCCGAGGGGGUCAUGGUUCAAGUGGCGCCCAGACUGCUCAAACGGUCAGCCGGGGAAAGCACUCCAGUCAUGAGCAGACCUCUAGUAGACAUGAUCAGGACCAAGAGGACUCAAGUCCUAAUCCUAGCGGACCUACAACUUCAUCACACUCCAACAGGAAGCAGGCACAGCCUGGAAAAGGACCAGCCACAGCCGAGCUUGGCCUCGGAAAGUCUCCCGCCGAUCAGGACUUGUGCUCCCAUGGCUCAAACUCACCAAUGGCCUCUACAUCCCUGCUCCCUAGCGGCGCCUCGACGCCAACUUUCCCCCAAGGCCUCCACUGCAAGCCCAGCAGCGCUGUGCAGCAGAAACCCACUGCCUACGUCAGGCCCAUGGACGGCCAAGACCAGGUCCCCAAUGAUUCCCCAGAGCUCAAACCCCCUGUGGAGCUGGUGGAAGGAUACAACAGUGUGCCAUUCGGAGGUCUGCUGGAUACCAAAAGCAGCACGGCUGGGACCAAGGGCAAAAUUCCUAAGCUGACACUGCCACAAUCCGGAGAGGUCAGCCUGCCCAACGACUCCAAUUGUGUGGAGGAAAUUCUGCGGGAGAUGACCCACUCCUGGCCUCCUCCUCUCACUGCCAUCCACACACCAGGCAAAGCUGAACAAACCAAGUUUCCCAUCCCUUCAAAGGAUUCCCAGCAUGUGACCUCAGGAUACAACGGGAAACGCUGCAAUAUUUCCAGUAACAAGCCUGCAACCAAGUCGGUACCGCAGAAGUCAAUGCUUGAAGAUGACCUGAAAAUUAGCAGCGACGAAGAGGACAACGAACAGGCCGCCGAGAAGCCCAAGCCCAGGAGCGCUCCUCUCAACCUCCCUGGAACCACACCACGGACCGGCGAACCAACUGGUCACUCCAGCGGGGCCUCGGGCAGCUCCAGCGAAUCAGAAAGCAGUUCAGAGUCCGACUCGGACAGCGAGAGCAGUUCCAGUGACAGUGAGUGCAACCGAGCAUCCCGCGCUGCUACACCAGAGCCUGAACCUCCGUCAACGAACAAGUGGCAACUAGAUAAGUGGCUAAACAAAGUUAAUCCUCACAAUAAAGCACUAAUUAACACCCAAUCAGAUAGUCAUGGGCUUAAUAGUUCUCAACCUGAUGAAAGCCAAGCCUCAGACACCCAGAGCUCCAGCAAGAGCAAGACCAGCACAGCACUGGCACCAGCAGAACCCAAGGAAAGAACGUUGCUCAGUCCUAUCCGAGAGAAAGCCAAACCCAAGACUGGUCAGAAGGCUCCAGACAGCAAAAGCACCAAGGUAAAAUCACCAGCCUCAGUGGAGCUUGCACCCCCCAGGAGAAGCACUGGAAAGAAGCAGCCCAAAAAGGUGGAGCGAUCUUCCAGCAGUGAGGAGCACAGCUGGCCAAGACCAGGAAACUCAAGUUCAACCCCAAAAGAGAAAGAGCCCCCGCCUUUAGAACCUCCAAAACCUAGAGGCAAGGGCCCAGGGGUCAAGACGGCUCCAAGAAAGGAACCUCGGACCACCACGACAAACAACGCACCAAUGAAUAUCACUCCAGUUCAGGAUAAAAAGAAGCACCGAGGACCCAACAAGAUCAUCCCCAAGUCUAAGGAGUUCAUCGAGACAGAGUCUUCUUCAUCCGAGUGUCAUUCGGACCCGGAGGAGCUCACUAAAGUUCAGCUUCCUUGUCCCGGUCCCAACACCUUAAGCCUGAAAUCCAAGGAUUGCAACAGCAAUAUCUUGAGUGUUAGCAGCCUUACCAGCACAAGCAGCACCUCUAUUCCUGAUCCAGGUGCCUCGGAUCUCCUCGAAGAGCCCCUGUUUUCUCCUAUCCCCAUUGUACAAAAUGAACUUUUGUCACCACUAAGAGAUUUUGAGGACAUCAAGUCUCUUUGGGUUAAGAUUGAACUCAGCUUCCUAUCACGAAUCCCAGGGCAAGAACCCCCGGAGCCUCCCCCAACCAAGGCCGAGUGUCGGGAGGUCAGUGUUAAGCACAGACGGCAACAGUCACCUGCCUCUAUCCCUGCAGAAAAGAACCCUAGUAAAUCCAAAAGGAAACACAAGUCUGAGCACUGUGACGUGAUGAGUGGAGGCAAGAAGCUUCGGAUGGACAAAGACGCUCUGCUGCUUCCUCCUUGUAUCUCGCCCAUACACAACCACAAGGUCUCCAGCACAAAAGAUUCUUUAAAGAAGCAGCCUCGCAAGCGGGAGGAUAAGCUGUUACCGCCUCUGCUGUCGCCUCUGUCCGAUGAGCCGGUGGGCCGCCCGCGGAGGAGCAGCGAAUGCAGCUCGCUCAGUCAGGAGGGAAACACCUCCACCGUCCCAAACACCCUCCCCUCCACCCGCACAAUACCUGCCUCCACCUCUUCAUCAUCGUCCUCGUCACACAAACACCGCAAAGGAGAGAACAAAUCCUUCUCCCAUUCCAAGACCAGCUCUGAGGAAGACAGCCACAGCAAGCCUUCCGGCGGUUUUCACGGCAAUGGUCAGUCAGAGCCAGACCUCUGGUCAAACACUUCGGCCCUGUCCAUGGAGCACAUGGAGCCCAGGAGACCUAAACUCACAUUUAAUAACACAGUUCACAAUGCAGAUUACUACAUGCAGGAAGCCAAGAAGUUGAAGCACAAGGCAGACGCUUUGAUGGAUAAGUUUGGCAAAGCUGUGAAUUACGCCGACGGGGCGCUCUCGUUUAUCGAAUGCGGUAACGCCAUGGAACGGGACCCGUUAGAGGCCAAGUCACCGUACACAAUGUAUUCAGAAACCGUAGAGCUCAUCAGGUAUGCAAUGAGAUUAAAGAACUUCACCAGUCAUUCCGCCACGAUAGCUGAGAAGAAGCUUGCUGUACUGUGCAAUCGUUGUUUGUCACUUCUGUACUUGCGAAUGUUCAAGCUGAAGAAGGAUCACGCGAUGAAGUAUUCCCGCUCACUAAUGGAGUAUUUCAAGAAUUCCGCGAAAAGUUCCCAAGCACCUUCGCCGUGGGGCGCCAAUGGAAAGAGCACAGGUACCCCUUCUCCCAUGUCCCUGAGUCCAUCUCCUGUCAGCUCGGUCAGCAGCGGCGCUGGAGUGAUGGGCUCUUCCUCUGCCUCUGGAAGCGUGGCCAUUCCCCAGCGCAUCCACCACAUGGCAGCCAGUCAUGUCAACAUCACCAACAACAUCCUGCGCAGCUAUGAACACUGGGAAACCGCUGACAAGCUGGCCCAGGAAAGUCAAGAGUUCUUUCUGGAGCUGGACUCAGUGAUGGAACCGUUGACGCAGCACAGCAGCAUGACAGAACUGGUGCGCUACAUACGCCAAGGAUUGCACUGGCUUCGGCUGGAGGCCCAUUUGUUAUAGUGCUGGCGCUUCCACUGUGCUCUUCCUUUCUCUCUGUCUUUCUCUCUCUCACUCUCUCUUCCCCGCCGUUCAUCACUACCUCCGCCAUCUUUGCCAUCCACAAGCCUCCGGAGCCCUGAGGGAAGUCGGCAGUUAACCACUAGCGAGCCUCAGAACUGUGAGUUAUUCCCUGGAGGGUGCCAUGUCCUCGUCCCAGCUUGAUUCCUGUAAGUCUGGAGAUGUCGUAGAAGACGGACCUGGAAGGACGGAGCGCCGCUGCAUCGCAUCGCAGCACCACGGGAGGCCAAAUUUAUGCAUCUGUUAGAGGAACACGGUAGCAGGGGCCAAGUUAACAAUGUUGUUGAAGAAAAUUCAGCUAGUGACCUCUGUGGUGUGGGGCGGGCAAGUUUGAUUCGCUGCGUAAAGCAGGAGAGGCCAGAAACAGACUUUACGCAAGUACAGUAGACACCGAUCAACAGAUUGCAAGAAUGAAAUUCUUAAAGAGUGAUGCUGUUUGUGACACUUAAGCGGCGUUAGAAUUCAUGUCAUGCGUCUGUAGGUCAAAGACAUUAAGUUAGUUUGCUCACAAAAACACGUUUUAUUCAAAAUCCAUUUUAAAGAAUUAAGUCCGAUAUGUCAGGGUGAUGCAAUCGUCCUGAUUUCAAAAUAAUGAAAACUUCUUAUAAGAAUGAAAUUCUUUCAAAAGAAAACAUCAUGUUUUUUUGUUAGUUUUUUUUAAUUGAAAAAUGUAAUUUAUUAAAUUAUUCUUGUUUUUAAUUUUAAAAAUAUAUUUAAAUAAAAUACUUUUAUUCGACAAUGACAUUAAAUUGCUGAAAAGUCCCAAAAAAUAUUCAUAAUGUUACAAAAUAUUGAUAUUGACUGUUUUUGUUUUUCGAAAAUGUUAUAUAUAUAUAUAUACAUUUUCUAAUUUUACACUCAUUUAACAUUUAAAAUGAAAUACUAAAACACAAAUGUUAAUAAAAUUUUGGAUCAAAUAAAUGUGGCCUCAAUGAACGUGAAACAAUCAAAGUCUUACCAACCCUGAGCUUUUAAACGGUCAUGUAUAUGUUAAACUUUUGUUUCAUGCACUUAUUUAACCCUUUCCCCACCAGUAUUUUUAUAUUUUUUAAGUUGCCAUCCACCUCCAGCGUAUUUGCAGAUUUUUGCUCAAAUUUGACGGUUCCCAGAAUAUCUUUUGUGUGACUCUCUGAACAUGCAAUACGCCAAAAUAAAGAUCAGACCCUCUACUUUCCAAAAAAAGUUUUAUUCUAGCUUCAAGCAUCGUUUCUUCAUGCACAGGCUUACAUUCGUCUUCCUGGUCUGUGUUUUUCGAUCUCCACCUUCUAGACUCAUUCGGGAGAUGUGUAAUAGCCCCGCUCCUGAAUGAUUCUAGAGAGUCUGGCAGAGACUGGCAUAUAACAGUGAAAACACGGGAACCCAGAAAACGACUUGUUUGGCGGGAAAGGGUUAAUAUUUGACCAAAACAUAAAAUAGCAAACAAUAUCACACAAAGAACCCUUCAUCUCAAUAUUUAAAUUGAUAUCUAAGUACUGUCUCUACCAUCAGCUGCCAUCAGCUGAUAUUGUCAGCUAAACCAUUUAUUCUGCUGGGCCUGUUUGGUUGACUUUGUGGUUGAGUUUUUGUAGCCUCUACAGCGCCUCUUGUGGCGUUUCUGAGAAUGCACACACUUGGCUGUUGAACUCUGAAUUGCGCUCUGACAGCUUUCCCAACACGCCGCAUGAAUCCAACUCAACGUUCAUGUACUUGCCUAGAGUGUCUUUCAGGCCUUACCUCUGCGAGAUUGAGAUACACGGGAAUUAGAGGACAGAUAAAUGAGCUGUUAACACCGCAUUCAACUCAAACGCUUAUAUCCACCCCAUCUGGAGAUUCACACGUGUCCAUUUGAAACCGCGCUUAUCUGUCGAAGGCCUUCGCGAUGACUGUAAGGGACAGGUACGGUAGUCGUCUGUUCUCUCAGACAUCAGCGUCUUUCUUGCGGCACCGUGACAGCUGGCGUCAGCGCGAGCGGUACGCUAGGCUCGUUGGCUUCGCUCCAAAGCUGCGUUUCUCCGAGACAGACUUCACGUCCUGCGUUCACAGCGUCAAUGGCUGAUGGGAGACUUCCCUGUGCAAUUAACUUCUACAUAUGCACAUGUGACAGAUUGAUAUCUUCUGAAGGGGGUAUCAGAGAAUCUUAAAGAUCUCUUUCCAAUAUGUACCAUAAUGACUGUGUUGUAUAUGACAGCUACUUUAACUGUUCGGUGUUUGUUCAAUCUUGCAUGUUAAUGCAGAGAGGUAGAGGUAGAACCGAGAGACAUCAGCGUAUUUCACGAGCACUAUGAAGAAUCGAUGUGUUUUGUCCAGUUUUGGGUUUUUUUUUUGGGGGUUGAUUCCAGCAUCUUCAGGGCUGGCUUGAUAGCAUUUAACAUUAAGUUGUUAUCUAUAGAGAGUUUAUUAACGCUCGUACUUUGUUACGUUUACGUUUUUCUGUCUCCGGAGACACUCCCAAACAAGCAAGGUCAGAAUUCGGCGGCCUAAAUAAUCGCGUCACGCGAUCCGAUCGCAAAUCUUUUUAAUCAAAUGUUAAUUUUCCACGCAUAAACUCUUUACCGAUGAAUUUAAUGUUAAAUAUCAUGUGGAAUUGUUGAUAACCUAUCAGUGAGAUACAAACUGUUUCUUCUUGCUGGUCUGUUCAUAAAUGUAGGUAUUUGAGAAUGUGUGUGUGUGUGUGUGUGUGUGUGUGUGU